GCAAGGCAACGCCCCACCCAGCCAAUCAGCGGGCUCCGCCGGGGAGAUUUGUCGCUGUGGAGACGCCGUCAGCCAAUCGGACAGACCCGCUGAGUUCAGAGGUCACCAGUGAGGAGGAGCAGGUCAUGCAGACCAUCUACAGCGUCCUCAGAGAAGGGACUAGUGAGAGUGACUCAGUCAUCAGACACAAAGUCAGGGUGAUCUUCCAGAAGAUCCAGGGACUCAAGCCCAGUGAGAGCUCUGGUGAGGAGUGGAGGAGAGAAAAGAGGAUCUGGAGGGGAAGAUGAUGGAGCUACAGACCUCUCUACAGGAGGAGAGGAGGGGCUCUGUGGGCAGCUCUGACCCUGUGUUAAAGGCAGAGCUGGAGUCAUGUCUGGAUGAGAACAUGCAGCUCCAGGAGACUGUGGACAGGAAGAAGACUGAACUACAUCAGACACAUGCUGAGCUGAGUCAGUUGCGUAUGGAGAGAGAGAGUGCUGAGUCCAGAGUCAGAGAGAUGGAGGACCGACUGGUUGAGCUACAGGAGGACCUGAGGACAGAGAACGGCAACAAGACGGACCUGGUGARGUGUCAAGCGUCUCUGUUGGAGGUGUCCAUGUUGAAGCAGAAGCUGGAGGAUUCUCUGAGACAGAGAGAGAGGGAGCUGACGGCUCUGAAGGGAGCUCUGAAGGACGAGGUGGCCACGCACGACAAAGAGAUCGAGACACUUCGAGAACAGUACAGCACUGACAUGGAGAGACUGAGGAGUACCAUGGAGCAGGUCUCACAGGUACAAGUUUCAACGUUUAUUCACCACGGCCACAGGAUACAACCGGUGGAAAACGGUACAGUCAAAUUCUUACUUGAGAGCUCUUUCCCAAGAAGAGCUCUUUCCCACACACACGCGUGCACUGAGGGAGCAGCAGAGCGUGAAGUGAUUGAGACCCACUGGACUUGCUUCACACCGGUGCAUUAUAGCAGGAACAAGUGAUUACACCGUUACAUCUGACUGCACAGACAAAGCCACAAGCAUUACAUCAGCUGAUCUCACAUUCUUAAUGACACGUCUUACUCACUCUGUCAUAUAUCCACCCUCCCUCUCUCUUCUCUCCCCCCUACCUCUCUCUCCCUACAUCUCAUAUCCACCUCCUCUCUCUUC